AUGACGAUGGUCAUUGAGAACCAGAACCGCCAGUAUGGCGGGAUGGGGUUUGACAGCGUCUAUUCACACAAUGUACCCCAUCACACUCCUCACUUUACCGAUCCUUGGACUGCCGCGCAUACCUCCUCCCAUUCCACUCCACCGGUGUAUGCAACUUCCUUGGGGAUCAACCACACGAAGCCAGAGGAAGUGAGCAGACCUGCACUGUCUCUACCAUACUCGAGCAUCCCCGUUUCUGCGCCUUCGCUGGUCGCCAGCAGCAGCUACUCGACUGCACCCACCAGCUAUCCCGGACCUGAGGUGAUGAGCUUGCAACAUGAGAUGCCCCGCACCACCUUCGAACAGACCCCUACCUAUACCACAGCUUCGUCGAUGAGCACCUUCACGCCUGCGACAUAUGCUCCUAUCAGCUAUGCUCCCUCUCUCGCCCACCAGCACCCAGACGCUCGUCGGAUAUCACAUGUCGAUCCUCGUGCCAAUCAUUCGCAAGCCCCAUCGGGUCCAACAUUCGGUGACGCUCUCGAUGCCAGCCGUGGUAUGGUAGCGCUCAGCCAGGAUCUGACCCCGCGUAACAUCUAUGGCCCUCGCGGCUCAAGAGGCUCAGGAGACUCCUAUGGUUUCCCGUCCACCCACUCUUCCGGAUCGUCGAUUUCCUCUGGCGGAAACUACCCAUACUACAGCGCUUCUGUUGGGUCAGUCGAUUCGUCUGUUACAGACUACAGUUCUACAACAUCAGAAUCGUAUGACAAUGGGCACCUGUCGCGAACACUACCCCGUCCUUCGACUCUCUUGUCUGGGAGUGCACCUCCGGGACCUCAGUCGAUGAUGAGCCAGUUCAGCUCGAAAAUGCCAUCCAACACACAGAAGAAGCACAAGUGCAAAGUGUGCGACAAGCGGUUUACCCGCCCAUCCUCGUUGCAAACACACAUGUACAGCCACACUGGCGAAAAACCAUUUGCAUGUGACGUUGAAGGUUGCGGCCGACACUUUUCCGUUGUCUCGAACCUGCGUCGGCAUAAAAAGGUCCACAAGGGCGAAAAGGAGAAUGUGUCGGGCGGCGAGGACGACUGA